GACGCAGAACACCAAAAAUCGCAGCAUGUCGUUCGAUUUGGAAGGAUUGAAUGUGAAUCAGAUGACAGCACCAGCUAAUGCACCAAGUACUGAUGCCUCAAAAUAUCAGAACGAUGUAAAUCUUGAAAUGCAGUGGGCUAUGAAAGCUUACAGUCAUGCAGAAGUUUAUUUUAAUUUGCUGUGUUCCGUUGACACUCCCUUGCUGAGACUGACAAACAAGGAUGAUGUGAUGUAUGAACACUUUCGGAAAACUUUCCCAGACAUGGCGAUUGAUGUCAUUGAUGAGACUAGUUUGAAAACAAGUGAUGCAAAAUCUGUAUGGCGUGAAUUUGUACAGAGCUAUGAAGGUGAAGUAGAAGAUUAUAAUUUUGGAACACUGUUACGCAGAGAUAGUUCUGGAGAUAUCUCUGAUAACAACACAAUGCUAGUUUUAAGAGUCCAGUUUCUGGCCAUUGAGAUAGCAAGAAAUCGUGAAGGUCACAAUGUAGCUGUAAGGGAAAAUGCAAAGAAACAGAAAGAAGAAUCAAGUUCAUAGCACAAAAAUUGUUACAUUUUCAUUAAAUUGAAUAAUUUGAAUGACAUUUGCAAUUGACAUACAAAUUAUAGUGUUAUUGCAAACAUAUGUAGUUUGAUAUAAACAUUGUGGUCCUAACAAAAGAGAAGUAAAGACUCCUUUUCACUGCUGUAUGAAACAUGGACUACCUGAGAAGAUGUGCCUUGGUACUGAAUCUCAACCCAACAGAUGUGAAAUGCUAACAAACUGAGCCAGAAUGGAGCUACUCCAAACAUAUUUGUGUCUAUAUUAGAACACAUUUGUAUGACUUCGAUUCCUGCUGUUUUUUUAGGGUUAAGACUUUACUUGGCAUGAUAAUGACUUGAUUUAUCAAAUAUGCUGUAACUGGUUUAUUGUCAGUUCCUAUCUUUGAAAGCCUUCCCUUUAUUUGUGGGUUCUGUAUUUGGUUCCUCUCCGAGUCUCCAUACACAGGGUUUCUACAUUUGUAGGCAAUGGUGUCCUAUACAGAAUAGUUUUGGUGUGUAAAAUUUCAUCUGAAAAUUUUUAUUAUUUCACUGAAAUCAGAGGACAUAUUAUUGGCUACACCUAAAACACCUGUGAUAAUUCUACAUGUCAUGAAGACUAUGAAUUGUGUUGUAACUUGAUACAUUUAUUUCCUAUACUUGAAUGUUCAUAAUAAACGCCAGAAAUCUUGAACACUUGCAUUCAUUUGCAUGUGAUGACUUUUUGUAGGGUUUUCUCUAUGGCUUUGUGGUAUGUUUGAUGCAGGAAAACAUACUGGAAACAGUAUGUUUGAUGAUUUAUAAAUUAUCUCUAAUUUGCCUUAUUGCUGUUGAUCUACCAAAGAUGGAAAAAUAGAAAUAAAAUUUCCAGGUCAGUCAGAUAAUCUAUUAUGAUAGAAACUUUUUUCUGACAUAGAUAUCAAAACAGAAGAAAUUAUUUUUUUUUACAGAAACUAUUUAUAACAAGUUUGAAAUUUCCUAUUUCAAGUGCAGUUGCAUCAAUGUCUUCCCAGCUUCCUUCCAUCCUUAUAUAGCAAGAAUUUGUGUCACUUCCAUUGUCAUUCAUUGUUCAUGAUUGUUGUUUUAUAGCCUGGAGGCACUUAAUGGUUCAGUGGAGUUCAGUUUUUCGUUUCAGAUUUCUGUGACAUUUGACCUUGUUUGGCCCUAGACUUCAGACUGAUAUUUUCGUAGAUUUUUGUUUUAAGUUUCAUUGCAAUGAAAAUUGCAGUCGAGGCAUUCAUGUUUCGCAAACCUUCUCUAGUUGAUGGUGCAUUUGAUGUGUUAAAGGGACUAAAUGGUAAGAUUUUAUUUUUUUCUAUGCGUAUUAUUUUGGGUAAGGGUUGCAUUGCCUAAAGUUAGACUAUUCACAAAAUUAUAGCAAUUUUAAGAAAAGUCGAUAAAGAUUAUCAGCUUCAAACUAACACUGGUGAACACUUGCUGUUGUGUCUACUGCAGUUUGCUGUAUUGAUAGCAGAGUUCAUCAUGUUUACACUCUCCAAACGAUAAUGAUAUAAAUUAGUGUUGGAUUGCUUCUAUUUCAUUUUAAUUUUUUGACGAUUUGAUUUUAAUUUGUUGAUGUUUUAAUAGAAUGGUUAUCCAAACUAUUAAAUAUUAUAAUCAACAGGAAGUGCACAACUUUUAACAGAUAUUGAAAUGUUGCAAUGCUUUUUACAAGUUAUGAAAUGAAAAUCUAACCAUUUCGUCCCUUUAAGUAUAAUGCGACAUGCUUUGAAAUAAAGACAUUACUUUUACAUUAUAGUCAAAAUAUAAAAAACUGUGCAAGAAAUAUCAUGAUUUUGAUAUUUGUAUGUGCAGAUUGUUUCAAAGUUUUCACCGACAUGCUUUGAGAGCAUGUUCUUUUAUUUCAAUAUAAUAAUUAUGUUGUUAUGAUAUGUUGUCCUUGCUGCUAUGUGCUUUGAUAUUAAAAAAAAAAGAUUGUACAUUG